CAUGUCAAAAGCUGUUUUUAAAAGACUGUGUUGAAGUUAGCGUCUGAUCUGUGGGCUCACACUGGGUUCCUUUAAAGGGCUAUUCCGCAGCACACGACUCUGGACGUCCUUUGAUCUGCUUUAAUGCCAAAUGAAAAAUAGUCAAACUGGACUAGAGUAGUCUACGAAACGUCAUUUGUGAAUACUUUGUUCCACCUAUGAAAAAAGUGUGAUAGCAAUGCUUUUCUUCGCUUCUUCACACAGAGUCCAUUUUGAAAAAAGAAAAAAAAACACAUUACAGGCAGACCAAACGGGAUGAAAUCACUGCCAAACAUAUUUACUUGAGGCCACCUGUAAUGGCGCCCACCUCAAUACAACUACACAACUUAGGAAGUCCAAACAUGGGGAGAAUCAUUCAACACUGAUUACAGCUUUAGCAAAAAAAAAGUUUUAUCCUUUGUUCAGUUUGUGAAAACUUUUAUAUCUGUUUUAAAGCUACAAACCACAAAAGGCCUGAUACAGCUUACCAAGCAACCCAAAAUUUCAUGGGUGAUCUUUAGCUUUUUUUAAGCUUAAGAUGGCGUCCAUUUUAAAAGCCCGUCUAGACGGCUAAAACCUGGUGAAACAUAACUUGUUUUGUUUGUCUGUUGUUUUGUUCUUUUUAGAUCUGGACUUUUUCUGGCCAAAACCCUCUUACAUGGGGUCCUUCAUAGGAACAACUAAAUAGGCACUGAUUUAUCUCACAGAUAUUAAAUUAUUAUUCAAUUUGGAAAGCAAAAUCUGCAAUAUUUUAGGCAUUUUGGGGGGUACAUGAUAAAAACUUCAACACUUAGAGUCCAAACAAGGCAAAAAAUAUUUUAGACAAAUUGGACAAUGUACAGUUUAUGAUUUAAGAUGCAUCUGUUUUGGGAUAAUAAUUUAAAAACACAUUUUAUGCUCUAUUGACCAGUUAUAACAUCUUACAUUUGAAUCAUGAUAAAAGCUACCCAACCCAACAAAAGGGAAAACCUGCAAAAAUAUUAUACUUUUUUUUUUAUUCUGCAACACAGUAAUCUGGAAACCUCUAUUGCUUUGUGAAAACUUAUAAAAUGGACAAACAUAAUGCUGGCCAGGCUUAAUUCAAGCUAGAACACAAAGAGAGUAAAUUUUUACAAACUGAAUACAAAGUUUCACCAGAGUAUUUUUCCAACACUUUCAGAAUUCACAACCAUCCAAAUCAAACAUAUUAGAUGUUAAACUGAACCGGGGCAAAUUGUUGUCCGGAGUUAUUCAGUUUAGCGGAAUAACCCUUUAGUCAAACGUCGAAUCAGAUACCAACUUCAGCGUCUUCCUUUUGAGUUGACGAACUUGACGCAGAUGGCACCUGAGCGAUGCGCAUUGAGCGCAAACAGCGGGAGAACCGGGAUGUAAAAAAGGGAUGCGGUGGGGGGAGCUUUACAUCCACCGCCCACUGCUCUCUUUAAAUCCCUCGCACACACACACACACGUUUCCCCCACGCGUAUUAACCCACAACAGAGCGCAGAGUAAAACCGCGGGGUGGGAGUUAGUGCUCGUCGCGGAGCUUCGGUGCGGGCAGAUUCACCCUCCUUCGCCCCGCUGUAGAAGCUGUUGAACCUGCUGUAGUACCUGCUAACCAGAGAGGAUAAUAUAGGAAGGGACGCCCCGAUGGACGCGAGCAGGAGAGGCUCACAAGAUGAUUGAUGGCCAUCCCAACCAGGGGCUGAUCUGCUAAAGUGAAGGAUUUUAAAGAGACCGCAGCAGAACUCCUCAUUGGAGCUCCAUACCUGCGCUGCUCCAGGUGGAUUGAAUACAGAAGUGAAUAUCCACUGAAUUUUCAGACAAUUUGUGUAAACUAAAGAGGAUAGUUGGACUAAAACUGAGGGACAGCAGAUCAUAUCCUCUUAACAUCUUUAUUAUUAUCAUCAAACUGUGACGUUUAUAUAAUCAUAAUUGUGCUCGUAAAACCUAAACAAGAGAUCACAUUUUCUCCUUUGAGGACUAUUUGCUGCUUCUUCUCAUCUCUCUCCCCACUGCGCAUCAAUUAAAAUUACAACCUGCCUCUUCAAAGUGAGUGUGACAUGGCACUGUACUAUUUUAGCAUGACCUAGUGCUUGCAUGGGGAUCCAGGAUUGCUUUUGACUUCCAAGAAGGACCCUUAAGCUCUGACUGCCUGCCUGCCUGCCUGCCCGCCCGACUGUAGCAUUUGGGUGUGGAGGGUUUUGUUUCAGAAUUAAACCUCUGGACACUCAAUGAAGAUGACUUAAGUUGGCAGGCCUGAAAGCUCCAUACCCAGAAAGAGAGAACAAGCUUGGCAGGAGGACUAACACCCACCCAACACACACAAAUGUGGACGCUGUGGCGGCUUUGAGCCAUGCUGAUAUUGCUACUUGUGGAGCCCUGGAGAACAGGCUAUCAUCAUCCAUAUCAUCAUUCACCCAAGCUGAGGAAGAUUCAACAGCCCAAAGGAAAGAGGUUACACAUCUGAGCGAUUCAAAGAAGACUGUGAAACUGUGCUAACACAGAGAGAUCCAAAGCAGCAUCCUCAAUCACACGCACAGACACUCUAAUACUCUUCUCCACAAAUCCCCGAUACAGGAAAAACAAAGCUGCGGCGGACGUGAAAGACACAGAGACUGAGCAGGUCAGGAACCUUUCACCAACAUGGCAGCCGAAAGUCUUGCUGAGCUCCGCGAUUGGCUCUUUCUCCUCCUGCUGGUCCUCACCUUAUUGGCUGAGGUGCUGGAGCUGGCGGCAGCUGCAAUCGCCAUGGAGACAGGCGAGGGAGAUGAGGGAAUUGUUUGUCCCUCCGUGUGUCGCUGUGACGAGGGUUUUGUCUACUGCAACGACCGUGGCCUGAGCAUAAUCCCUCCGCUGCCAUUAACGGCUGCUAUCCUCUACUUGCAGAGCAACCGGCUGAGCAACGCCGGGCUGCCACAGUCACUGGAACGCAGCACUUCUAUACGAGUGAUAUACCUUUACGCCAACCAGCUGGAUGAGUUUCCGAUACACCUUCCUCCGUCCCUAAAGGAGCUUCAUUUGCAGGAUAAUAAUAUACGAACGUUACCACGAUCAGCUUUGGCCAAGUUACCAUUACUAGAACGUUUACACCUGGAUGAUAACUCAAUAUCAACAGUUAGCAUCCAGGAUCGAGCUUUUUCUGGGACUCCAAGGCUACGACUGCUGUUUCUGUCUCGGAAUCACCUGUCGAGCAUCCCAGCAGGCCUUCCCGCAUCACUGGAAGAGUUGCGACUGGAUGACAACAGGAUCAGCACCAUCCCAACGCAUGCCUUCCGCGGUCUCUCCUCCCUGCGACGUCUGGUCCUGGACGGAAACCUGCUGGCCAACACACGGAUCGCAGACGAUACCUUCUCUCGUUUAUCUAACUUGACGGAGUUGUCGUUGGUCAGGAAUGCUCUACAGUCACCGCCAGUCAACCUGCCUUCAGCUCACCUGGUACGACUACACUUGCAAGACAACGGGAUGACCCACAUUCCGAGGGCAACGUUGGAUGGGAUGAAGCGCCUACAAAGGUUGGACCUGUCAGGAAACAAUCUGACCAGUCUGCCACGAGGGAUUCUGAGAGACACCGAAAGCCUGGAGUUACUGCUGCUUCGAGGAAACCCCUGGAAUUGUGGUUGCAACCUUCGCUGGCUUCAUUCCUGGCUGCAUGGCCGUGGGUCAGCAGUGACAGUCAGAGGCCUUGUCUGUCAGGGGCCAGAGUCUGUACGGGGCCAGUCGCUCAGAGAUCUAACAUCACUAAUGGAGCAGUGUGAAGGCCCCCCUGCAGGUUCUAGUCCUGGAGAAGGGGUGAACCCAGUCGAAAAAGAUGGAGGAGGUGAAGAUGAUGUUGGAGAGAGUGAAGUAGUCCCUCAUGGGACCACCACAACUGCCCCUCUGUUGGUCCCCACACAAGGUUCUCUCUUCACUCUGCGGCCUAAGUGGCCAGGUCUCAUUAUGCCCCUGCCUCCAGGGGAAGGUGGGCAAGUAUCUGGAGAGGCCUUUGAAUUGACUGUUAAGCCUCUCUCUUCAGACAGUGUCCUUGUGAGUUGGCUGUACCCACAGCCAGCACCCUCCUUCCGCCUGUCAUGGCUAAGAAUGGGAAGCAGCGUAGCUCUGGGCUCAAUGACAGAGACUUUGGUUGCUGGAGAGAAGAGGCAGUACCUCCUUAACCAGCUCACUCCACGUUCCCGUUACCUCAUCUGCCUUCUGCCACUGCGACAGGAGGCCUCCUUUGGGGGAUCUAGCAUGGGUUCAUCUCGAGCUGGCAGCAUGGACACAGAUAGUAAAGACUCAGCUCCAGCCUGUGCUCAGAUAGAGACUGGAGAUGUCAGCUCUGGAGGGGACGGUGCAGACAAAGAGGGACAGGACUCUGAGCUAACAGCUCUGCCACUGGCUGGAAUUAUAGGAGGUGCCACAGCAUUGGUGAGCUUGCUUCUCAUCUUUGCCAUCUUCUGCUGGUAUGGACAGAGAUCAGGUUACAUGUCUGGGGACUCGGGUUCAUACAGCAGAGGCCGGGGUGGGAAGCAUUAUGAUGACUAUGUAGAGUCAGGCACCAAGAAAGACACUUCCAUUCUGGAGAUCAGGGCCCCUCCUGCAGGCUUUCAGAUGACAGCUAUGGCCCAUCAGUCCCUGCAGCCUAAGCUGGAGGACGUUACCUACAUCCAUACCAUUUUCCCUUCCUCAUCCUCCUCUUCCUCCCAAGCUAAUGGGACCUAUCGGAGCAGCCAUGGAGCUGGCAGUCUCAAUGGCACUAUCCUCAGCCAAGCCAGCCACCAUCAUGUCACUUAUGGCACCAACCGUGGCUACAGAGAGGGUGGCAUCCCUGACAUAGAUUAUGCCUACACGUGAUGAUGCAGGGCACAAUCCCUGAGCUACCAGAGCCCUGUUGGCUGGUGGCAUUUUGCCCUUGGUUUCCAAAGUACCCUCUGUGCCUCUGAUGGUUCGAUUCUGAUUGGUUUGCUUAGUAGAUGAUGAUGAUGAUGGGACGAUGUUAAUAAGCGACAGAAGUGAGAGUCCCACUAUACUCUUCUACUGUAUCCUACAAAAUACAGUAGGCUCUUCUCUCAGCACUGCUUAUUGUUCUAAAUGGUUAUGUUUCCUCUUUUGGAUAUCUCAGUGUCUUUCAAACCUACUGCUCUUCUCAGCUCAUAAUAAUACACGGUAAAUUAUUUGAGGUUGAUAUACUAGGCUUAGCUGAUUUAGCAGGAGAUAUAUUUAUAAUAUGAGGAAAAGGCACUUGAUGUGUAUAGAGAUAGCGCUCAUAUCUUCCUUCCAACUGUAAGCUCUGUGCUGUAUAGAUAAAAAGGGUGACAGAAAGGAGAAAUCAAUGGUUGUUAUAACCCACAGAUGACAAUGCAUCAUGGCUGACAUGAAAAGAUGUGUUCCUUGCUCCCUUCUUUCCUCUGGUUUAUCCCUCCCUCCCCUUUUUAAUUUUUCCGUCUUUCCGCCUCUUUUUUAGUUUUUUUUUUCCUUUUUUUGGAGCUGAAGCUCUUUUCCUUUCAUUCCUCUCGUGUCUUUUGUGGUGCUGUGAGCAGAGGACGACUUUGUUCUCGCCAAAGGAGCUGACAGCAGUGAUAACAGCUCUGACAGAGACGGGAGACACAAACCACAGCAUGGGUAGACUAAUGAGUGGGAAAGAGAGGGGGAAAGUGUGUGUGAGGGGGUGAUGGAUAGAUGGGUGGAUGGAGGAAAAGAAGAUAAAAGACAGCAAGGGGAAAAAGAGAAGGGUGCUGUUUGGGUGGGGGGAUGUAGUCUCUCUGAGAGGUGGCUUGCUUAUGGCAGAGAGGGAGGAAGGAGAAGAAAGACAGGAGUUAAGUUGAAAAAGGGCGUGUGACCAAUGAAGCGGCAGGAGGCGAAAAAGAGGACAAAAGGAAAAGAAGAUCGAGGGGAAGAGGGCUGACAACUGGAAUAAUGUGACUUCUUCAUCUUAAAAAAGGAUAUAAUUUUGCCCGCAGCGUGGCCACUGCUUCCAACAAACAUGAGCGAUAAAAGACUGCAUGAUUCUGUCAAAAACUUGAUUGAACUUUGUUUGAUUUAUAGAGCGAAGAACAUUUCAAUAAAUAAAACAAAGCGAGGAAGAGGCAAGAAAAACAAAAGGCAGAAUAAUCUCCAAGCAAACAAGACAAAAAAAAUAAAAAUUCUGAAUUAAGAAGAACAGCAUGAACCCAGUUUUUAAUUCGGCUUGGUCUUAUUAUUAAAUUAUCUUUCACACAGUAAUGAAAGAAACUAAUCAUGCAUCUCAUAAUAGUAACCCAUUUAUCUUCAAGAGUAAGGCCAAACUUUUUUUAUUUGGCAAUAACUUGGAGCAGCAGAUCAUUUUUGUGAAGGAAAUGAUAAUGACUGAGCUCUUCUUACUCACAUUAUGGAGCUUGGGGUUGAUUAAAGACGUUUGUUUUCUUUCUGUUGUUUUUAUUGUGAUUCAGGAAAAAUAAAGAGGGGGAACAUACUAAUCAAAAUAUCUAUUAUAUUAAAUGUGACUUUGCAUUCUGAUAUUCAUGUGUUCUCCUACAGCCUGGUUGAUCAUACAAAAACCACAGUAUUUUUGAAUGAUCAACUACCAUGGGACAUUAAUUUAAGAAAAAAAACCU